UUUUUUUUUAUUAUAAAUUUAAAUCCCCUCCAUACUGAAAAAUCAAAGUGAUAUUUAUUUAUUUAAUUUUUUUUCCCUCUUUUCCUCUUUUCCCUUUUCUUUUUAUUAUUAAAAUAUAACAUACAUACAUUAAUUUUUAAAAUGACUGCAUCUGUUACUCGUAGUGGUCGAUCUUCUACUAAAAAAAGUAUCCCAUCUACAGUGGAUUAUAUUGUUACAAAGACAAAAUCUUCUUCUGUUAAAAAAAAGAAACAACAACAACAACAGCAGCAGCAGCAUCAUCAUCAUCAUCAACUACUGCGUGCUAACAAUAAGAAGGAUUCGGAUCUUGAAAAUAGAUUAAAAAAAAGUCAACAACAACAAGAGCAAGAACACAAUGAAUUAGUUGAAAAAAUGAACGUAUCUGAACAUCCAGAAUAUGUUCGUUUGAUGACUCAACUUGAUCAGUCAAAAAAUGAACGUUUACAAAAGGUAGAAUGUUGGAGAAAUCUGGAACGUCAAUCAAUUGAAGAUUGGUUCGCAGCUCAAAAAAAACAAGCUUGGAAUGAGUUUUAUUAUGCAAAAAUGAAAGUACGGUCAGAUCUUGUAAAAGAUGCACAAGAAAAGAUCACAAGACUUAAGCAGGAAUUGUCACAAUUAAAUAAACAAUGUGCUACUGAAGAAGAAAUAGAUCGUGAUCUUAGUUGUGCAAGACAGCCUUACAAUGGAGACAAUACUCCUAAUUUAGUUUAUUCAGAUUAUGAAUCUCGAAGUACAACUGAUACGGUUGAAGAAGUCGUUGAUAAUCAUCAUAAUGAAUUAGUGACAUCCAAUGAUACAACAACAACAGCAGCAGAAGAUUCGACUGAACAACAACACCACCACCACCACCACCACUAUUAUCAACAACCAGUUUGUUACUAUCCAUCAUUAUCUACACCUACACCUACACCUACGUCUACAUCUACAUCCACAUCUACGUCUACACCUACGUCUACACCUACACCUAUACCUACCUCUAUCUCUGCUGCUUCUUCUUCUUCUUCUUAUCAAUAUAAUAAUAACACAUCACAUUCUUCCUCCUCAGCUAUCAUCACUUCUGAUCUAUAUUCUUCUCCUUAUGAAGGAAGACAACAUAAAUGGCUAUCACCUUAUCAUUCAACGACAUCAACAUAAAAAAGGACGAUAUGGAUGCCUUGUUUGCAAUCAUGAUAUAAUCCUAUUUUCUCUCUUUUAAUCAACAAUGUUUUGACAUAAUAAUAAACUUUACCUACAAUAGUCAAUGUCAUAAAAAAAAAACGAGUAGUAGUAAGGAAUUCUAUUUUAUCAUUCUCUUUUUCUGCUCCGAAAAAGGAAAGAAGAAAGAUAAUACAUGUGAAUACAUAUUUCUCUAAAAAAA